CACAACUUGCUGCUGGCUGGUCUAGGGAAAAUCCAUUGGAAAAAUUUACAUCAUUCCAAAAAUGUCCCAUCGGACGAUUGGGUGGAUCUUUGCGCGCUGCGGUCUAUAGUCUACAUAUAGCUGGUUGGUGUCGAAUCACACACUUUACAGUUUAUUUGUUUAUUUGUUGUUCUGCGAGUGUACCUACUGUUGGCAAUCAAAGCUGAACAAACUGCUACCGUGCAGGAUGAUUUGCAUUGUGUCUACGACAUAAUUGAGUGGGUGGAUUGGCAGAAAAAAAUCUAGCAAAUUUUGUCCCAAGAAAAACAAAGAACGAACGAAUGGAAGAAAGUGUUUCUUUUCUGAGAAAAACAUAAACAUUUCGAACAAUGUAGUGUAUUCCAGUUCAAUUAACCGUACUGCCAUCGAUCGUCUUAAAAUCAAUAAUUCAACCAGCAAACAGAGCAAUUCGUAGAAGAAAAAACGAAAUCGUUCUGCGGUUCCUUCCGGUCGGUCUCGGCCGAACGUAUUUAUGUUUAUCGUGGGGUGCUAAUGCCAGAGGAAAAAAAGAGAGAGAAAUCCCUAAUUUUUUGCUUAUUGAUUUCUAUAAGGGAAAAAGAAACUUGCGUGAUAUAAUAUAUGUAUGGUACCGUAUCGCAUAAUCUAAUGCGUAUAAUAAAGUUAUUCGCGAAAAAUCGUUGAAGACAAAGUCUAUCUACGAUAUCUUAUCAACCGCAGAGAACGAGUUAUUUUUGACGGGCCAGAAAUUUCUAUGAAUCGGAAUCAGUGAGGCAAAAUCGCAACGAAGAAAUUCAACUAAAGUGCAUAACUUGGGAAACUAUCAAAAAAAGUUAUUGUGUCACUCCAAAAAAUGAGCAAAAUAAAUUACCAAAAAACCAGUGCCAUUGCAGAAAAGGUGCAAAUGAAGUAAGGUCCACGCCAGUUGUAAUUGUGCUCCUAGUAGGUAGGUUGAGCGCAAUUUUUAUCGGACAACGCAUGCAGCUUUUUGCCGCGUCAGAUGAGCUGAGCUAAGCUGGACUGAGGGAAUAAACAUUAAACAUCCGUUCGUCGUCCAUCAGAGUGGAGAACAGCAAAAGGCAAAAGUUUAUUGUUUAUAAGCCUGGCGUAAUAAAUUUGAACAUCGGCUUUCGCACGUACAUACCCUACUUGCUGUCGUGGACUUUCUGCAAGUGUCAGUAGUGAUUUAGCGAAAUUGGAUAGCUUGCCGCAGCAACAUUCGGUGAUUUCGAAAGGGUCAUAUCGGGGACUGGAUUGGAGUGAGGGCAGUUCAAGAAAAGAAGACGAAAAUAUGGCGCUCAGUAAUUCGCAGCUACAAAACAUAGACGAUGAGGACGAUGAUUUCCAAGAUGCAUGCGACACAGAGGGGGCUUCCCCAUCGUUGGAUCUGGAAGCCGCCCUAUCGGAAGCGAAGCUGGGAGUGAACCUGUUUUUCAAUAACAAAUUUACCGAAGCGGAAGCGCUGAUGAAGCCAUGGGCCACCACUAGCAUGUACCAUUCGGUGGGCAAUUCGGUGUUUGCCUACCUGGAGGCGAUGUUGACGUUCGAGCAGCAGCACAUUGCCGCAGCCUCGGAUGCCCUGAAGCAGUGCCUCGGCGUUUGCAAUCGAUACCGGAAGAAGAACACCCUCACCGAAACGAUUGGGAAAACGUUCAAAAAAAUCAACUACGACCAGUAUACGGACCUGGAGGCACACGCCGAACUCUGUACAGCGGAAGCGAUGCUCCUGAAAGCGAUGCUCACCUUCAUCGAGGACGAAACGCUCACCAGUUUGAUCAAGGGCGGCAUGAAGAUCCGGAACUGCUUCGCCAUGUACAAAGAAUGCCACAACAUUCUGACUCAGCGCCAGUGGGAGUCGGAAAACUCCCGGGUACACUUCGAGAGUGGCGUCCGAAUGGGCUUGGGGACGUUCAACCUGAUGAUCUCGCUACUUCCGGGUCGGGUCAUUAAGCUGCUCGAAUUCAUCGGAUUCUCAGGAAAUAAGCAAUCCGGAAUCCACGAUCUGGUCGAGGGUUCCAAGAGCCUGGGAAUCCGGCAGGUGCUGUGCGUGAUGACUCUGCUGGGGUACAAUUUGAUUGUGUGCUACGUGUUGAGUCACAAGGAGGGAGAUUUGGAUUUCUGCGACGAGCUGCUGGUCAAACAACUGAAACUCUACCCGGAUGGGGUUUGGUUUUUGUUCUUCAAAGGUCGACUGGAGUUCAUGAAGGGCAAUCUGGACGAGGCUCUCAAGUGGUACAAAAAAUCCUGGAAAUCGCAAAAUGUCUGGCCUCAGUUCCAUCAUCUGUGCUUCUGGGAGUUGCUGUGGGUGAAUUGCCUGCGGUUGGACUGGCGUGAGUCACUGCUUUUCGCGACCUAUCUGGUGGACAACAGCCGAUGGUCACGUACGAUCUACACAUAUCAGAAAGCCUCCAUCAUGUGCAUGAUGAAGCGAUCCGACCUCAGUUCAACGGAGCUGCGAACCCUCGACGGUCUCAUGAAGGAGGUGCCAAAGUACAAACAACGAAUUGCCGGCAAAUCGCUUCCGAUGGAGAAAUUUGCCUGCAAAAAGACUGAACGGUUCUUCGCCCAGCAAUCCUUCCUCUACGUUCCGGCCCUGGAGCUGAUGUACGUGUGGAAUCUGUUCAAAAUAUUGGGCAAACAUUUCCACCUGGCCGAUGGCGUAUAUCGGAUAGUGGAGGAAAACCUGAAUGAGCUGGAACAGCGGCAGGCGAAGAAAGGCUCCGGUAGCAGUCCGUUGGCCCCAUUCGAUGUGGACAACAAAGCACUGUUGCUGCUGCUGAAAGGCGCCAUUCUGAGACAGAUGAACAGUCCACUGCAAGCGAUGAAAUGCCUGGAGAUGGUCGUUGCAAUGUUCAAAGAUCUCAAGGAGGAUUUGUAUCUCGUACCUUACGCAAUCGUUGAGAUUGCCCUGAUCUACAUCGAGCAGGGAAAGAAGGAACAGGCCAUCCUGGCCUUGGAGGACGCUAAGAGAAACUACAGUGGCUACUCGCUCGAGUCCCGGCUCCAUUUCCGAAUCCACACGGCCCUGGUCGAACUCAAAGGGAAAAGCUACGAAAACAUUCCAUCUGGUGGGGUCUAACUAAAAUAAACCUAGGCUAAGAAGGGUUGCAAAAACAAAACAAAAAUCAAACUACAUGUCGGAUGCCAGUACUUUUUCGGGGGCCUGAAUCAUGGGUGGGAACCUAAAUACUACUCUAAAUACUACUGCUGUGUGUAGGGGGAAUGAAUCUAGUCCAAAUCGAAUGUUUUAUUUAUUCGAGUGAUUGAAUCGGGCCAUUGCAUUGUUGUGUUUGUUUGGGGGAACGUCUGCAGAAUCCAAAUGAUUUUGUGCUAAGCACACAUACGGGAAAAGUGAUUCGAAAUGUACCCAUCGAUUGAUAAAAAUAUAAAAACGAAGAAAGGCAGAAAAUGAAUACACUUUUAGCAUAAUGAUGCAAAACUCACUUGGCCGACCAGCCAAAAGGGAUGAUUCGGGCAUGAAAGCUACUGACCAAACAUCGACUAUGGAAUACAAAUGAAGCCCGUUAACUUCGUUUGUAUUUCUAUGCGCUCUACUUUUCUUUAAAUCUUUUUUUCCUCCUCUACCUAUAUCGUUUUUGUUAGUUAUGAGGAUCGGUUUUCGCGCCGUCCGUUGGAUAGAUUUCUGUUAGAUUUUAUUUUUAUUUUUUUUAAAUGACACAGAUGAUAGGAGAAUAAAAUUAACAGUUAAGCCAA